AUGGCGGCCAGGUCUCUGCUCCACCAGCCGGGUCUGAAUCAGCCCAUAGAGACACGAGGAGGUGCGGCUGACUAUGUGCUGGAGCGACUAGAUGCGACCUUUGCUGAUUUCUGGGCCAAAUUGGAGGCUCUUAUUGAAGCGACACCAAAUGAAUCUCCUGAAGGAGAGCAACCCAGAGAGUCACUCUAUACGCCUGCUGAAAGGCAAGCGGGUCCUGGGGGUCAUCCUACUACACGAAGCGGCAAGCAUAUACACAACCACCCCCCCCGCAUGGCCAACAAAGCGAGAAAGCGCAAGAAGCCACAGCGGCAGACAACGCUCAUAAGACAAGCCCAGCAGCACGGACGCUACUACCCACCUCGACCAUGGAGUUCCAGACUCCCUCGGCAGGAGCAGCAUGACCCAGAGAUAGUCCCCUUAAGCUGCCUGGCACACAAGAACGUCGGCCCAUGGAGGUCAUCAUCUCUCCUAGUUCGACGCCGCACAUGGAAAGAGCAAGAAGGGGAGGCAGAACCCGGUACCAAGCUACCUCAUCAGACUUGGACUCUAAGUGGCAUAGGCUAA